GCGGGCGCGAUGGACGGUGGCGCCCCGCCCCGGCUCGGGCCCGCGGCUCCCGGCGUCGCCGCCCGGCGCCGGCCCGCGUCCCCGGAGCUGCUGCGCUGCAGCCGGCGGCGGCGCCCGGGCCCCGCCGAGGCCGGGGGCGGCGCGGCGGCCGUGGCGCGGCGCAACGAGCGCGAGCGCAACCGCGUGAAGCUGGUGAACCUGGGCUUCCAGGCGCUGCGGCAGCACGUGCCGCCCGGCGGCGCCAGCAGGAAGCUGAGCAAGGUGGAGACGCUGCGCUCCGCCGUCGAGUACAUCCGCGCGCUGCAGCGCCUGCUGGCCGAGCACGACGCCCUGCGCGCCGCGCUGGCCGGGGGGCUGCGGGCCCCGCCCGCCCCCGCCGCCCGCGCCGCCGCCUCGCCCCGCGGAGCCCCGGCGUCCCCGGGCCGCGGCGGCGGCUCCGAGCCCGGCUCCCCGCGCUCCGCCUACUCCUCGGACGACGGCGGCUGCGAGGGCGGGCUGAGCCCCGCCGCGCGCGAGCUGCUGGACUUCUCCAGCUGGCUGGGGGGCUGCUGA